AUUAUAUUCUUUUCACUAUACUCUAACUUCACACUGAGCUUCAGUUUCUCUUCUUUUUCUUCCAUUGUUUUCCUGUCAAAAACCUUCAAAGCUACACUCCACUGCCAUGGAAAUUUCAACGGCCCUGAUGAUCCUAUCAGCUACUGCGGCUUAUUUACUUUGGUGGAAAUUCAUCUCGCGGUCGCUUACUGGUCCGCGUGUCUGGCCCUUAUUGGGCAGUCUUCCUGGUUUGAUUCAUAAUGGCAAUAGCAUGCAUGAGUGGAUUGCAGACAAUCUCCGAUCCUCCGGUGGCACGUAUCAGACUUGCAUAUGUGCAAUUCCAUUUCUAGCCCAAAAGCAAGGUCUCGUGACUGUCACGUGCGACCCCAAAAAUGUAGAACAUAUCUUGAAGACCAAGUUUGAUAAUUACCCUAAAGGUCCUACUUGGCAAGCUGUGUUUCAUGAUUUCCUCGGUGAUGGGAUUUUUAACUCCGAUGGUGACACGUGGCUGUUCCAGCGUAAGACUGCCGCACUUGAAUUCACCACCAGGACUCUUCGUCCAGCCAUGGAUAGGUGGGUUAGCCGAGCUAUUAAGCAUCGGUUUUGUCCCAUUCUCGAGUCGGCUCAGCUUCAAUCACGAGCUGUCGAUCUUCAAGACUUGCUUCUACGGCUUAAUUUUGAUAUCAUUUGCGGCUUGACUUUUGGCAAAGAUCCGGAAACUCUCUCUCCCGAGCUUCCGGAAAACGGCUUCGCGGCUUCGUUCGAUCGAGCCACUCAAGCCUCGCUGCAACGCUUCAUAUUGCCUGAAGUUGUCUGGAAGCUGAAAAAGAUGUUUCGGCUCGGAUUGGAAGUCGGCUUGUAUCAGAGCCUUGACCACAUAGAUAACUACUUGUCUCAAAUCAUAAAUACACGUAAGCUAGAGUUGCUAAGUCAGCAAAAAGGAGCUGACAGUGAAAACCUCCACGACGACUUGUUAUCAAGGUUUAUGAAGAAAAAAGCAUCCUACUCCGACAAGUUUCUUCAACACGUGGCUUUAAAUUUCAUCCUAGCUGGACGCGACACCUCAUCAGUGGCAUUGAGUUGGUUCUUUUGGAUGGUGAUUCAAAACCCGCAUGUAGAAGAAAAAAUCCUCACUGAAAUUUGGACUGUUUUGAUGGAGACACGUGGCAACGACAUGGCUAAAUGGUUAGAUGAACCGUUAGUAUUUGAAGAAGUUGACCGAUUGAUAUACCUUAAGGCAGCAUUAUCAGAGACGCUAAGACUAUACCCUUCAGUACCACAAGACUCAAAGCAUGUCAUCUCCGACGACAUUCUACCGGACGGAACUCAUGUUUCGGCAGGAUCAUCAAUCACAUAUUCAAUAUAUUCAAUCGGUCGUAUGAAAUUUAUAUGGGGAGAUGAUUGCCUAGAGUUCAAACCCGAACGAUGGUUAUCUUUAGAUGGCAAGAAAAUCAAUUCUUUUAAAUUUGUUGCUUUUAAUGCAGGUCCAAGAACUUGCUUAGGUAAAGAUUUGGCUUACUUGCAGAUGAAGUUUAUUACGGCGGCUGUAUUACUCCGUCAUCGGCUUUCUGUAGCGUCGGGCCACAAGGUUGAACAAAAAAUGUCAUUGACAUUGUUUAUGAAGUAUGGGUUGAAGGUCAACGUGCAUCCAAGAGACUUGGGUCCUAUAGUGAAAAAGAUCACAAGCAAAAUUAAUAUUGCCAAAAUUGGUAUUAAUGUUGGUGGCGACAGUGCAGCGAGUAACGUCUAGUUGGGGGGCAUGAGUGACUAUUUGUCAAGGUUUAAUUUCAUUAUCAAAAUAAAUAGUAUUUAAUGCUCCUAUAUAUAUGUAAGAAAUUGGCAACUAUUCGUCAGUUUUUAACGACAAUAAACUUUUGUUCAUCGUAUUCCAUAAA